AUGGCCAGACAUAUACUUAAGCCAGCCAAAAAUACCGCACAGCUCUCAUCUACAUCUACUGUGCACGGCCACCGGAAGGCAAUACUGUCACUGAUUCACAAUCAAUACGCGUUGACAACUCCCGUCCCAGAUUACUACCGACGGGUGAAGCCUUAUCUGGACGAGACCAAGAAGGUUGCCUCGUUCUGCAGAGCUGUGCUGUCGUACUUUUAUAUGGACAACACAGAAGUGCAUCAGAAAGAUGUGUGGGUGAAUCUGAAGCAAAUCAUCGAUGUUGGCGAGGAGUUUGAUAUUAGUGUUAAGGAGAUCAAAAAUCAGCUGAACACGAUGUCUGAACCAGAAGGAGAUUCUGCCCAAGUCCUUGUCAAACGAGAGAGCAGGAGCAAAGAGAUACAGAAAGUCAGAUUCACAACAAAAGAGCUGUGCCACUUAUGCCGGAACGGACUCAGUGACGAGGACGGCGCGAAAAUGGCAGACGGUAAUACGCCAAAGUACUUCCCAACAAUCGUGGUCAAUCUGAAAGAUGCGACCUUUGCGGAGACUGACAAUGAUGUAGGUGUCGAUGACGAUGACAAAGACGCCGAAGCACAGUACACGCUGCCCCCGAUUGAGCUGUGCGACCAAAGUACUUUGGAGGACGGCAAUCUUUCUUUUCUGUGCGAAAUGGGUACACACCGCACAUGCUGGCCGAGAAGGAACAAAAGGAACUUUGUGGAUAACAGCGGCACGCCGCGUAUCAGUAAAUUCUGUCAGCUGCAUGCAAAAAAUAUAGAAACGCAAGUGAAAUUACACCAGCGCUACGAUGACGCUGGAGUACCGUUACCUCCGAAAAAGAAAUCGAAGAAAUCGUCCUCAAAGAGCUCGAGCAAACGAAAGAAAUUUGAUUACACUGAUGAUAGUGAUAUACCACCUCUGAAAACCUCACGUGGCAGUGACCCGAAUGAGAACAGCCCAUCAGAAAACGCCUCCAUCCCGAACGGAAGCUCAGCUAUGCCCAGGAAACCUGCCGAUACCGCACAAAUAGACACCAACGACACCCGACCAUCACAGGAGUUCGAUGAGUUUGAUCGGCAUGAUUCUGAUUCGUCCGAUUCCAUGCCGGUGCCUGAACCCAUCAUGGUAAGCGAUGAUAGUGAUGACGAGGACUUUGGCGAGGUAUUGCCUGACCCCAUCAUGGUAAGCGAUGAUAGUGAUGACGAGGACUUUGGCGAGGUACCGCCUGACCCCAUCCCGGCCGACGAAGCCCUAGGACAAGUGUCUGAUAAUGAGCCUGAGCCAGACCUGGAUGUUAUCGACGGUAUCGUCGAUGACGAAGACGGACUCCCAACCUUGGAAACCUUGGAAACCAUUGAGACAGAGUUCAAAUCACGCCACCAGGGCACAGACUCCCAAGCGGCAGGUGGUGCCAAGACAUCAAGUACUGAGACCAACGGUACAGAUCACCUGAACGGCAAGGCUAAAGAGGAUACUAAUGAACCUAAACCACACCACAAACCCUCUGGCGACACUGUGGGGGACGGCCAGAGAGGUGGCGAUGAUGAUAUGAAGGGCCGUACACACGAAGUGGACAACAAGUACGAUGACAACGGUGCAUCGGAUAAUGGAUACGCAGACUCGACUGCCACCUUACAUGACGGGGGAAUGCGGAGCCCUGCGCACAGGCGCAUGUUCCUCGAAGAGGUGCAGAUGCGAGUGAGCCAAGACUUUGCCGCGGAGAGUGCGGCCGUCAUAGACCACGUGUUCGAAGCGGUCGAGAAGCAGGACGAUGAUGAACCCAGGGACCUGGACGGCUUCAAACGGGACAGUCUGCAGAAACUAGACGAGGAGAUCAACGCCGACCCAAACAAUGCGCUGAAGAUAGUACAACGCAAGAACGCUACUUUAAAACACCACAUCGAGAUACUGAGGUGUAUCCACUAUUACACGGAGAAACGGGCGAGGAACAUGAACCGACAGGCUAGCGAAGCUCGUCUGGUGUUCAUGGAGAAGUCAAUCGAUUCAAAUCUGCGCUGAUAUGCAUGGAGAAGACACUGUUGAAGUCCAAGCUUUGGCUUCCUUAGAAAUGGCACAUAUGAAUAAAUC